AUGAAUUCAAAUAAGCCGUUACAAAUGACUAUGUUGGAUGAACGUCAUUUAUCUGACGAUGAAUUGAAAGAACGUUUGAAAGAGUUGGAGCGUGAAAUAAAACAAAUAAAUUUAUCUACAAUAGAAGCAUCUGAAGAAGAUCUCUAUGAUGAAUGGUGUGAUCCAAAAAAUUUACGUGUUUUAAAAUUUGAAGAAAUAGCGGCUGCAGCAUAUCGUAUUAAAUGUGGGGUUGAAAAGACACCAUGCCCUUUGUCUCACAUGUCAGGUAAUCAUGCUCUAGCAAUGUGUUUUCAUGGUCGAAAAUUGGGAAUACCAGUUGUGGUAGUAAUGCCUCAUCAUGCACCAAUUAUGAAAGUGAAUAAUUGUAAAUCAUUAGGUGCCGUCAUUAUUGUUAAGGGACAAGAUUUAGGAGAGUCAAAAAGAGUAGCGUUGAAAUUUGAUCAUCCACAUAUAUUAGCUGGACAGGGAAGCAUGGGUUUGGAAAUACUAGAUCAAGUACCAGAUGUUGAUGCUAUUAUUAUUCCGACAGGCGGUGGUGGACUACUCGCUGGCACAGCUGUCGCUGUUAAAUCUGUCAAUCCUCGAGUAUUAAUCAUUGCUGCUGAAUCUGAACGUUCACCAAGUUUUUUUCAAGCAAUGAAAGCUGGACGACCUGUUGUAACAGAAUGUUUACCGACAUUAGCUGAUGGUUUAUCAGUUCCACUUGUCGGAAGUAAUGCAUUCGCAACAAGUUCUUCUUUGGUAGACAAAGUUGUGACGGUGAGCGAAGAAUUUAUUGCAUUAGCAAUAUUACGUUUAUUAGAAAUGGAAAAAGCGGUUGUUGAAGGCGCAGGAGCUACGGGUUUUGCUGCUGUUUUACAGGGUUUAGUUCCGGAAUUGAUAGGCAAAAAAGUAGUCAUACCUUUGUGUGGAGGUAAUAUUGAUACAACAGUCCUUGGAAGAGUAUUAGAACGUGGUCUUGUUGCCGAUGAUCGUCUUUUAAAAGUUUGGGUUACUGUUAGUGAUCGUCCAGGGAGUUUACACCAACUUUGUAAAUUGUUCCACGGUUCUGGAGCUAGUGUAAAAGAUAUCUAUCAUGAACGUGCAUGGCUAAAGUCUGAUAUGUUUUCCGUUCAGAUACAAGUUAUUUUAGAAGUUCGUGAUCGUGAACAUGCGAAAGAGCUGAGCGACUUGAUACGCGCCAAUUAUGAUCAAGUGAAAUUUUUUGACCAUUAA